CUUUAAUCAAACAAUUUGUUGCUGACGUGGCCUGGGGGGACCUGGACUUCCUCAUCGUGGACACGCCGCCAGGCACGUCCGACGAGCACAUCUCCACGGUGGAGGCCUUGCGGCCCUACAAGCCGCUCGGAGCAAUCCUGGUCACAACGCCCCAGGCCGUGUCUGUGGGAGACGUGAGGCGAGAGCUGACAUUCUGUAAGAAGACGGGCUUACGGGUUCUCGGCAUCGUGGAGAACAUGAGCGGCUUUGUCUGCCCGCACUGCUCGGAGUGCACAAACAUCUUUUCCAAAGGGGGAGGCGAGGAGCUGGCCAAGCACGCGGGGGUCCCCUUCCUAGGCUGUGUUCCUCUGGACCCCCAGCUCAGUCAGAGCUUGGAGGAAGGCAGAGACUUCAUCCAAGAGUUUCCCAAGAGCACUGCCUUCCCGGCCUUGACGCGCAUCGCCCAACACAUCUUGGAUGGAACGUCACAGCCGAGCUCCUGA